CGGGGCCGCGGCGUGUGUUGCUGCCGGGGGACGUCGUGGGGUCGGGAGACCCCGCUGCCUCAUAGGGUCACGUCGCUUUUCGCGUGGGGGACGGCGUCGCCGCCCGGGGCUGCGUGUCCGCGCCCCGCCAGCGCCCCGGGCCGGCCGUGCCUGUCCGCGGAGGGCUCUCAACUUUCCUCGGCGUGGCAAGAAAUGUGCCGGGGCGCCGCCGAGCUGCUUUGACGUCUUGAUCCUCUCCGAGAACUUAACAGGAUCGCAAAGCCUUUCGAGCAGCUUUUCCCGGUGAGCAGGGCUUAGGCGCGCCGGGCUUCGGCUGUAAUCCACCCGCGCUGCGCGGAGGGGCGGCCGCGGCGGGCCCUGUCCCGCCGCCCCCGCCGGGCCGGGCCGCGCCGCCCCGCCGGGGAGGGCUGCCGCUGCCGGGGGCUUCCCGGCGCCGCGGGCCGGGAGCCGGGUCCGGAACGGAACUGCGCCGGGGAAGGGCAGCGCUACCUGUCAGUGUUGCUUAAGGAUAACGGCCCCGAAGAGCCUGCGUUCAGACAGACGGACAGACAGACAGUUUCUCAGUUCGGAUAUUGCAGGGGAAAGCGUGGCAAGGUGUCAUUUAGAUGUUGAUAUGUAAAGCAAAAUGGCAAAAAUCAACACCCAGCACUCCUACCCUGGUAUGCACAGACUGUCUGUCAGAACUACCAAUGAAGAUAUUGAAAGGCUUGAAAAUGGCUGUAUCAGAACCCAUUCACUGUGUGAGGAUGCGUCUUCAGAACUGCAGAGAGUCAUUUCUGUGGAAGGAAGACAUCUAUCUGAAUCCCAGACGAGCUCAUUCACAGGCAGGGGAGCAAUGGCAAGGCUAUCACGAUUUGUCGUAUCUGUGAGGUCAUGGGCUGCAAGACAUUUGCACCAUGAAGACCAAAGACCUGAUUCUUUCCUAGAGCGGUUCCGAGGGCCAGAGCUCAUAGAGGUGUCCAGUAGGCAAAGUAAUAUCCGCUCCUUUCUGGGUAUCCGUGAGCGGCCUGGGGGAGUAAACAGCAAAAAGGAAGAAAAGAAAGAGGUUAAAGAGGAGAAAAAAGAGGAGAAAAAAGAGGAAAAGAAGGAGGAAAAGAAAGAGGAAAAGAAAGAUGACAAAAAAGAUGACAAAAAAGAUGAUAAAAAAAAAGAAGAGAAGAAAAAAGAGAUCUUUGUGAUAGAUCCUUCAAGCAAUAUUUACUACAACUGGCUGACUGUAAUUGCAGCGCCCGUGUUCUAUAACUGGUGUAUGCUAGUGUGCAGAGCCUGCUUUGACGAGCUACAAAUUGACCAUAUUAAAUUAUGGCUGUUCUUGGAUUAUGGCUCUGACAUCAUCUAUGUUCUUGACAUGUUUGUCAGAUUCAGAACAGGCUUCCUUGAACAAGGCUUGCUAGUUCAGGAUCAAAAGAAAUUACGAGAUCACUAUACCAAAACUACGCAGUUCAAACUGGAUGUACUGUCUCUUCUGCCAACAGACCUGGCAUAUUUGAAGUUUGGUUUGAACUACCCCGAACUGCGAUUUAACCGCUUGCUGAGGAUUUCUCGGCUGUUUGAGUUUUUUGACCGUACUGAAACCAGGACAAAUUAUCCAAACAUGUUUCGUAUUGGAAAUCUUGUCUUAUACAUUCUUAUCAUCAUCCACUGGAAUGCGUGUAUAUACUUUGCGAUUUCGAAGCUCAUUGGAUUUGGAACUGACUCUUGGGUCUACCCUAACGUCUCCAUUCCAGAGUAUGGGCGUCUGUCCAGAAAGUACAUUUACAGUCUGUACUGGUCAACGCUCACGCUGACAACCAUUGGAGAAACACCUCCCCCAGUGAAAGAUGAAGAGUAUCUCUUUGUGGUCAUUGAUUUCCUGGUGGGGGUGCUGAUCUUCGCUACCAUUGUUGGUAACGUGGGCUCCAUGAUUUCCAACAUGAAUGCCUCCAGGGCAGAGUUCCAGGCCAAAGUAGAUUCCAUUAAACAGUACAUGCAUUUCCGAAAAGUGACUAAGGAUUUGGAAGCCAGGGUUAUUAAGUGGUUUGAUUACCUCUGGACCAACAAGAAAACAGUGGAUGAGAAGGAAGUUCUAAAAAAUCUGCCUGACAAGUUGAAGGCUGAGAUUGCCAUCAAUGUCCAUUUGGAUACACUGAAGAAAGUGCGUAUAUUCCAGGAUUGUGAAGCUGGACUUCUUAUUGAGCUGGUGCUCAAACUGAAACCUACGGUCUUCAGUCCUGGGGACUACAUUUGCAAAAAGGGAGAUAUUGGGAGAGAAAUGUACAUUAUUAAAGAGGGAAAAUUGGCUGUGGUGGCAGAUGAUGGCAUAACCCAAUUUGUCGUCCUGAGUGAUGGCAGCUACUUUGGUGAAAUCAGCAUCCUCAACAUCAAAGGUAGCAAAUCUGGCAACAGGAGGACAGCCAACAUAAGGAGCAUUGGUUAUUCUGAUUUGUUCUGCUUGUCUAAAGAUGAUUUAAUGGAAGCCCUCACAGAGUAUCCAGAAGCCAAAAAGGCUCUGGAAGAGAAAGGGCGACAAAUUCUGAUGAAAGACAAUUUAAUAGAUGAGGAAGCAGCAAAAGCAGGAGCUGACCCAAAAGACUUGGAAGAAAAAGUAGAAAGACUGGAAACAGCUCUGGAUACGCUGCAGACUAGGUUUGCCAGGCUCUUGGCAGAAUACACCUCAUCUCAACAAAAGGUUAAGCAGAGACUUGCCAGGGUAGAAACCCGAGUGAAAAAAUAUGGUAGUGGUACCUUAUCAGUUGGAGAAUCAGAGGCUGGAAAAACCGAGGAGGAGAAGAAGAAUUAAUGGAGUAUUUAUAUUUCCUCAUUUACUAGAGAGGGUUGAAGCACGUGAAAGCCAUAAAUGUAUGUAAAUACAUGUGUGCAUACAUAGACAUGAUUAUUUUUAUAUGAACUCAGACUGGUUUUUAGCCUUUUUAACUGAAGCAGUAUUUUCUUGUAAAUAGAACACUGUCACCUUCUUAGGGGGAGAUUUGGUCUGGCAUUUGGGUACUUUUUUGUACUGGGAGUGGAUUUCUUACAAGACAUGCUCAGAACGUCUGUUGUGUAGGGUAUGUGUAGGUCUUGACACAUUGUCUCUUCCCAUGCACGUUGCAUUAAGAAGGCAUUGUACUUAAAGUAUAAGGGAUGAAAUUUUUUUUUUUAAGGGCUUAAAAUAUAUUUAUAGGGUACAUGCUCUACCUUGCUACCGUAGUAGCCCAUUAAAUGCACGGACGCACAUCUGGGCUUCUCAGAAAUCUUUGUUCUUUCAAAGUGAAGCGUCUGCGCAAACAGUUGGCCUACAGCUGAGCAGCAGCAUGUACCUGGCCUACACGGUGUAGCCCUGCACGAGUUUGAAAUAGCUGUGCAUCUGGAUGCAUUAAUCUGAUUCUUCUUAAUGAGCCGGGCUCCACACAAAGGACUGUGCUGACAGAGUAGCAGUGCUCAUUCACGUCCUCGCUGACAUGGUCUGUGACAGCCUUUGCUUCUCUGCAACUGCUUCACUUGGGGAGAGAGUAGGAGAUCCCCCUCCCCCCGCCUUUUUUUUUUUUAGUGCAGCUCCAUCCACACUGGUAAAACAGUCACCUGGAAGGGAGUCCCCAAAAGCUGACUGGUGAAAGGCAUCUGUGGCAAUAUGGCUUCACUGAACUGUGGGGAAGAGAAAAGAGGGUCCUGGUGCAUGCAGCUCCUAUAGGUAGGGUCUUGAAUGAAUUCCCUCUAAGUGGGCAGUCCUGGAGGGAGGCUACCAUGAAACAGCACAGGCAGGCAGGGACAGCCUGUCCCCCCCCCCCAGCUUUCACCCCCAGCAGGGUUUCUGCAAGGCAGGGAGAGCAAGCUCUGUGUUGCAAAGUCUUUCCUGCUACUAGGCCUAUGUUUUCUUCCUCUUUAUUUCAUUUAAUGAUGCCUACUUCAUCUCCUUUCACUGUUUAGUGCCAGCUUUUCUCCAAAGUAGUUGUUGCACUACCCUGUUUCCAUUAGUCAGGGAGAACAAAGGGCACAUUUGCUCAGGUCCUGCUGAUAGGAGCCUACUUGUGCUGGUUGCUUUUGUACUUGCUGCAGAGUAGUUGUCUCUGCUGACAGCCUGGCUCUGAGGUGAAUACACAGGUCUGGUCUGCUCAGCCUGCCAUGACAUUCAGGGCAGAACGGUAUUGAGAAGGUUUCUUGCUCUGUCAUGCUGCAACGUCAGGAUUUGCCUCUUACACACUCCUCUUAGCCUCCUCCAUCCCGCUGCUUCCAGUUUCUUUCCAGGCUUCUCUUGCUCCCACUGAGGGGAUUUCUCUAAUAUUCUCCCACUAGGAAUAUGCUAGUUUUCAUUUCUUUCUGUACGGUAUUUUUGUGUCGUGUAGCUUCCCCGUGUUACUUUUAGCCUUGGGUACCUCACUGACUAAAGAAGAGUUUGGAGUAACAGAGGCUGUUCAGCAUCUAUGGCAUUGAGGCUGGAUCCUCCAGUGGCAUUAGGUAUUACCAGGGGCAGUGCUCUGCCUUUUAUUUGCCCUCGGCCCUGAUUUAGGAGCCCUAACAGCACGUGGGACAGGCCUGUUGGAAAAUUGCUGAGAAACCCACCGAGAAGAGAGCGGCUUAACGAGAUGGCAGUGAAACGAAAAGAGGCAGUGGCUUUGCUAGACUGAGUACAACCGCCCAGGGUGAGCACUCAGCUCUGGGGCGGCAGCUGUGCCCCUCCUGGCCACACUUUUGAGCCUGGUGAGAGACACAAAUCUGACAGUGACUGAGGAAUGGGGCUUUGCCAGCAACACUGGCAAAGGGGCCACCAGGUAGUAGAUGUCCAUGCACGGCCCAUGUCUAAACUCCUGUUAUCAUCAGCCUAGAAGCCAACUAGACUAUAGGCUGGGCUUAACCUCUAUAAUCAAGAUUUCCACUGACUACAACGAGGGCUUUGGAAACCAGCUGAGACCCAUGUGUGGCCAGCAGAGUUCUGGAGUUUUGGUCCUUCAGCUGAAUCCCAUCCUUAUUUUCUCCAAGGGCUUGAGGCAAAUAGGGGAGGUAAGGGAGGCUGCUUUUGGCAGGGGUCUAGCACCCUUGCUCCCGCAGGGAGGAAGGCAGGGCUGAGGCAUUGGCUAGUUGCCACAUACCACUGUGAGCACAGACGGUGCGGUCACAGGCUGCUGAACUUGCAACUCUCACCUUGUAACAGAGGCAGGUACCGCACUUGCCUGCGGCUGACGUUCACUGUUGUGUUAUUCCAACACCAUACCCGGUAGGGUUUUCAUACUUAUAUUCUACAUCAGUCAUCAUUCUCUGUAAAUAUCUAUAUCUACCCAAUGUACUACAGCUGUUCCAGCCCACUAGGUAUAUACAAAUAGAACUGUUAAAAAUAUUAUUUAUACCAAAUUGAUACCUGUUAAAAAAAAAAACCCCACAGACACAAGAAUGCUUCUUUACCUGAUGGAUCAGAACAGCUUGAUCCAUCAGUUACUGUUUGUGCUUCCCUUUUCCAUGCCUCUUGGUCUGGUUUUCACAUACCAGAAAAAGAGCUAUUUUGAUGCUAUUUUCUUCAGUCACUUCAAAAUAUAUAGUUUUUGGCAUGAUGAAAUCGUAUCCUUUGACAUCUUUCAUCUCUGUAAGAUGGUUUUCCCCUCCUUUCAUGUGGCUACAGCAUGUACAUUAAAAUAUUUUGAGUAAUGA